AUGGAGAUUUCGUAUGAACUAGCACCCCCCUCACCACCUGCGCCCAACCGACCAGCGCGGGCUGCCGAGAUGGAAGGCGACACCCUCGAGGUCAAUGAUACCUUGCCCAUGGACGAGGAAAGCCUGCAACAAGGUUUCCAGGAAUCACAGGAGCCCCCUCUCGGCGCGACAUCAGACAAAGCCCCGCACGCUGCAAACUCUAACAUGGACGAUGCCGAUACAAAUGUCGAUGAGGACACCGCCCAGCAGACGACAGAGGAAGCGUUGCAACUGUCAGACCUCGAAGAGCCAAAUGUAGAGGAUUAUGAGGAGGAAGCUGAACAGCUGGAGAAUGAGCCUGUAGAAGCCUAUCAGGCUGCGCUUCCCCUCGCCCGCAUCAAGCGCAUCUGCAAGGCUGACCCAGAUGUAACCAACAUCAGCGCCGAGGCCACCCACCUCUUAGCCUUUGCCACCCAAUUGUUUAUUGACUAUACCACGCAAUUGGCUGCCAACCGGACGCUCCGUGUCCAACGCAAAACGCUUGCCCUUCAGGACCUCUUUGCUUGCUUUGAUCAGAACGAGUGUUACGAGUUUCUCGAAGAUAUACCUCUCGUGCCCACGGACACAGCUGAAGCUGCCUUGGAGAAACGUGAACGAGAAAACCAGCGUCUCACGGCCGGGGCUCGCCGCACCCGACGAGCCCCCACCGGCCGCACAGACGCCCCCCGUGGCGCCCGCCAAACCAACCUCAUGAACUUUACACACCGAAGAUCAAGCCCGCCCGCCGCAUCGACUGAUAAAACAUCCCACACACCCACCGACACGCUUUCCACGCACGCUACCAAUGCUACCGACCGCCUGCCUGAUCAGCCCGAGACGCUCCCAGCCCAGCCUGAGACAGUGGUAGCAGAUAUCGAAGAGGCUUCGGGAUCCAUGACGGGUGGCAACGAGAGAGACCCUAGCACGUCACAUGAACCAGCGACGAGCGACGACCCGGGCACAAAUCCCCAGGAGGAUGCUGAGAUGAACACCACGCCAGUUGCUGGUGAGAUGGAGACGGACCUCGAUGCUGCAGGGGAAGAUGAUGGCGAUGAUGACGACGAUUUGGCGCAGGCCAUGUUCGCAGAAGCCUUGGAAAGUUAG